AUGUGGUCUUCUCCGACGGCGAGGUCGAUACCAGUGACGGUGGGGAGAAUGCAUCUCAGGGCGCUGGAUGCGUUGCAGGUGUGCAGCGGCGUCUGGAAGGACCCGUUGGUGCCUGUCCGCAUUAAGGUGCCAAAAACGGACCCGUGUGAGAGCAGGAGGCACUGCGUCUUCUCGUGGUCUCACGCAAUGAAUUUAUUGAAUGACAAUUGCCACUGUGAGGAUGGUGUUUUAUCCUUUGCGCACGGUAAUAUUCUUGCCGAGGAAACUGUCCCUGCAGCUGUCAAACUGCAUGCGGAUCGUCUGCUCGUCCGGCCAAUGGAGGGUCCGUCGAUUGUGCCCCCAUUUGCCACGGGCAGCGUUUGCAGUUGGUUCACGGUGCCUGCUGGGCAUUGUUCCGCUGGAGUUGCCGAUUCUGUCAUGGUGCUGUGCGUGGCUGCGGCGCUUGGUGGUGUGUGGGCACUGCUGUGCGCCACGCUGGAGGAUGGCCUUCCCGUCGCUGGCGCCAUGCACUUUCCCGGUCGUUUCAUUUCACGGACGCAUCGCCGCACACCUGAUGGCCCAUGCUCUCGGGUUCAACUGCCUGCACAUGGCCAGCCGCAGCAUGGUGAGGAAUGUUGCCUGUGUGCGUGGCAGGGCGCUGUCGGUGGUGGUGGACUCGACGACUGCCGCGAUGGCUGCGAGGGAGCACCACGACUGCGACGACAUUGA